ACCCCACCAGGUCCGUCACCUUUCACCCUUGCUGCUCCAGACAGACGCUUGCAGGAGGAUUGUGCGGAGGUAAUAAUCAUCACUGGAAGCAGACAUGGCGGAGGCAGAUAUUUGGUCUCCCACUCCUGUUUCCCAGAACAUCCGUGAUGGGUCUCCUACUGAAGUUCUGGGUGACUGGGAUACAAGCAAAGGAAAAGAGCAGCACACAGCGAUCGAAAUCAGUCAACCGGAAGCAAACACUGGUGAGAAACCCUACAGGUGUGGGGAGUGUGGGUACAGGACAGCUCAGAAGUCUCAAUUAUCCGACCAUAUGAGAACUCAUACUGGUGAAAAACCUUACAAAUGUGACCAGUGUGACUAUACUGCUGUACAGAAGUCCACUUUGUACAAACAUCUGGCCAUGCACACUGGUGAGAAACCCUACAUGUGUGGGGAGUGCGGCUUUAGGACAGCUUACAGGUCUGCCUUAUCCCGACAUAUGACAACUCAUUCUGGUGAUAAGCCCUACAAGUGUGGGGAGUGUGGGUACAGAGCAGCUCGGAAAUCUACCCUAUCCCAACAUAUGAUAACUCAUACUGGUAACAAACCUUACAAGUGUGACCAGUGUGACUAUUCUACUGCACGAAAAUUCUGUUUGGACCAACAUCAAGCCAAGCACACUGGUGAUAAGCCCUACAUGUGUGGGGAGUGUGGGUACAGAGCAGCUCGAAAGUCUCAGUUAUCCGAACAUACGCGAACUCAUACCGGUGAAAAACCCUACAAGUGUGACCAGUGUGACUAUUCUGCUGCGCAGAAGUCCAACUUGAACCAACAUGUAGCCAUGCACACUGGUGACAAGCCCUACAUGUGUGGCGAGUGUGGGUACAGGGCAAUGCAAAAGUCUACCUUGACUAUACAUAUGAGGACUCAUACGGGUCUAAAACCCUACAAGUGUAACCAGUGUGAUUAUUCUGCUACAUGUAAGUCCACCUUGAGCCAACAUCUAGCCAAACACACUGGUGACAAGCCCUACAUGUGUGGGGAGUGUGGGUACAGGACAGCUAAGAAUUCUGAGUUAUCCAGACAUAUGAGAACUCAUACAGGUGAAAAACCCUACAAAUGUGACCAGUGUGACUAUUCUGCAACAAGAAAACACCAUUUGGACCAGCAUCUAGCCAUACACACUGGUGAUAAGCCCUACAUGUGUGGGGAGUGUGGGUACAGGGCAGCUCAGAAAUGUACAUUAUCACAACAUAUGAGAAAACACACCGGGAAGCACAUCUAA